AUGCCCGCGCCGACCCGAGCAGUGGCCGCUGCCGCCAGUGGCUUCUCACGGCGGCUCGUGCCUGCUACAGUCACAGCUGCACCAUCAACAGCAGCAACAACAACAACACCAUCACCAACAUCACCAACAUCACGAUGCCACUCAACCUUUUCCUCCGUCAACCCCAAUGAAGUCUCCCACUUCACCGCCCUCGCCGCCGAGUGGUGGGAGCCCCACGGCUCCUCCCGCCUGCUGCACCUCAUGAAUCCCCUCCGCCACGACCUAAUUCGCGCCUGUCUAGCAGAAUCCUCUCCCGCUUCUUCUUCUUCUUCUUCCUUUUCCUCCACCACCACCACCAGCACCAGCACCGGCAUCCCAGACGCCAGCAUCACGUACCUCGACAUUGGCUGCGGCGGCGGCAUCUUCGCCGAGAGCGCCGCCCGCCUGCCCUCGACCAAGCACGUCACGGCCAUCGACCCCACGCCCUCGGUCCUCGCCGUCGCAAAAGCCCACGCUCGCAAGGACCCUAGCCUGGCCGGCAAGCUGACGUACAAGCUGACCUCUGUCGAGCAGCUGCCCGUCCCCACCGCCGACGGCGAGGGCUACGACGUCGUCACGCUGUUCGAGGUCCUUGAGCACGUCGACGAUCCCGCCGCGUUCCUGGACCGCGUGCGGCCGCUGGUGAAGCCGGGAGGCUGGCUCGUCAUGAGCACCAUUGCGAGGACGUGGAUGAGCUGGUUGACGACGAACCUGAUUGCCGAGGAUAUACUGCGCAUUGUGCCGCCGGGGACGCACGAUUGGAACAAGUACAUUAACGAGGAUGAGCUGAGGGGGUAUCUGGCGGGAAAGGGAUGGGAUAGCGCAAAGGUCGUGGGGGUUGUGUAUGUGCCUGGGCUGGGGUGGAGGGAGGUCAAGGGCAGCGAGAAGGUGGGCAACUAUUUCUUUGCUGUGCGCAAGGUGUGAAGAAGGAAAAGAAAAAGGUCAAUGGCGAGCGAGAGCGUCAAGCAUCACGGACAGCCAUCUCCAGAAUGACUGGAGGAGGAGUUUGGCAGAUGAAUGUGUAUCAACAUGGUUGCAGGAGGAAAGAUGAUACCCCUAUGGUGUGCUAUAGAG